UCAACCAAAACGUUACGACCGUGAUUGCGCGACUGGUGUGCGUGAAAAAAUGAUUAAUUAUUCACGACAGAGCGUGUAAAUUGAAUUGAAUUGGUACCGUCGCCAUACCAUUAAAUUGAAUUAAGUCCGCACGGUUGCUAUGUAAAGAAAUAUUUUUAUAAAUCUAAUAUCAACAACAGCGUGUCACUGUGCAAAAGCAAAACUGUGUAUUGUAACAUGCACAGAAUUAUAUAAAAAAAAAUAAAAUUAAAAAUUUUCGAUUAACAUGGAAUUAUAUGACCCAAAAUUCAGACCUAUUUUACAUAUUUUAAAUUGGAGACAUGACAAACAAGAUCGAUUGGGCUUUGUGGGAUGCCAUUUGAACAGCACAAAAUACAUCGUCGGUAUGAGAUAAAGGGAUGAAGCAGACAUCAUUUGGAGAGGAUUUUUAUAAUCUGCUGAUUUAGAUGCUCUCCAAUUAUCCACAGGGUAAAAUGGCAACACUAUAGUCUCCUUCUGCUCCUACGCCUUACAACAACUCGUUCAAAAUAACGUUCUACACCCUGCUACCCUCCACGAUGCUAAACAAUGCCGACAUCCUGUCGAACAUUCCACCGCUCGGUGGUAAGGAGGGGGCGGCCGGCCCGCACCGCGAGGUGGUGGCCCGGUGGCGCGUCCCAAUGUACGGCAAGGUGUACGAGAUCGAGUUCGAGCACGGUACGGCCAGCGGCAAGCGGGUGCUGUGGAUCGACAAGCAGGAAGUGUUCCGGCGCGACUGGAUGUUCAAGCUGGUCGGCGAGGACAUGUUCAAGCUGGAGGACAAGCGGUGCAUCAUACGGGUCGACCCGAUGCCGGGCUUCCGGUACAGCUACUCCCUGUUCGUGGACGGCAAAUCGUACGAGCAGUUCACGGAGAGCCAAGCGAAGGCGCUCAAAACGUGGGAAGCGAAGCUGGGCGAUAACUUCUACCGGAUUGUGCUUGAAAAAAAUACACUCAACAUCUACGUGAACGGGAAGCUUAUCGAAGAGAAUGGAGAAUUCGUUGACGGCGGAACUGACACAACGUUCCUGGAGGAUGGCAACACGUUCGUGCUGAGUGCGCGAACCAGCGGCAACAAGCGGGAAGGCAUCGUUCACCGACUGACAGUGAAUGGUGCCGAAGUGUUCGAUGCUGGUGGGGCGACUACGGCACUGUAAGCGGUAGCCGAACAAAGGAGAGCGAGAGCUUUCGGACGUUUUCACAACCAUCGAUCGAUCACGCCGCCCCCGGCAUAGAAGAUUGAUUUUAUAAUUUUUUAUUUGAAAUAGUUUCAAUUUCAGCGAUCCUUGUGUUUGUUGCUGUUCUUUUGUUUUGUUUUGUUUUUUUUUCUUUUAAGUUUAAGUUUUAUUCCCUCGAUACUGCCUGUUUCUCUUCUCCUGUGUUAUUAGUGUGUGUGUGUGUUUCAGUUAUAAGUUAAUCGUAUUUUUUGGGCUAAACAGGGUAUGUUUUAAAGAAAAAAAAAAGAAAAAAACAAACACACACAAUCUCAUUCAGGGGAAGUUGAGAUAAGAACGGGGAAGAAGAAGAUGGUUGGAUAAAAAGAAAUACAAAAAAAUACAAAAAUUGCUGCUAUAAAAAAAGAAACACACAGUAAACUAUUUACCCUAAGUGCGCAAAAAGCAAAAAUACUAUUAAAUACAUCAUGUAUGUCGGAUACUGAAUCGGUUGUGUAGCUUUUUAUAUGUAAUAUAAUAUGUAUGCAUAUCGUUGCUAGUAAUAAAAGUAACUUAUUAAAAACUAAA